GCGGUGGUAAGCAAGAUGGAUGUGCAGUGCAAGUGUCAUGGCGUAAGCGGCUCCUGUGAAAUGCGAACGUGUUGGCGUUCACUUCCGAGGUUCCGUGACGUUGGCACUCAUUUGCAGGAGCUUUUUCACUCUGCGGUCCAGGUAGAGUAUAUAAACAAACAUCUUGUACGUAAAUCAGCUCUAGCACAGUUCACUGAGCUUACAGGUGAAGCUGGGGCUGGAGGGGAGAUGAAUGCGGAUGCCUUGGACCCGGGAGCCGCAGUCAUUUCAAAAAAUAUGGCCGCCCGAUUUUUGCCCAACGAAAACGACUUGCUCUACUUUUCUCCCUCACCUAACUUCUGUCAUCAUAACCCGAACCAUGGAAGUUUGGGAACCUACGGACGUCAGUGCUCAGAGACAUCACACGGGAUGGACAGCUGUGAGUAUCUUUGUUGCGGCAGAGGUCAUCGUCGUCAAACAUUUAUGCAUGAAGAAAAAUGUGAAUGCAAAUUCUACUGGUGCUGUGAGGUUCGCUGUGAAACAUGUCGCAGCACAAAAGUAGUAUCCACUUGCAAUUGA